GCAUGCGCCGCCCGCACCGUUUACUGUAUAAUCACAGUGGGGGAAAAAGAGCAGGCAACAAAACUAAAGCUUUUUUUUUUACGACAAAGUGACUGCUGCCAUGUAAAUAUCCGCCAGGGAAACAAAGGGGGACUUUCAACAGGGAUCCUUUUAGGUGUGAUGAGACAAAGGAACAAAGGAUGCCUUAGAAGACAGUGACGAACAAGGCUGGAACCUGCUUCAAAGCACACCAGAUGGAUCUAUCGCUCCACGCUCCAUCCAGAUCAUGAUACUUGGCUAAAGCUUUAAGCGUUCUCUAUGAUCCCUUCUCCAUCUAUGGCGAACUACAGCCAUGCAGGGGACCACAACAUCUUGCAGAAUGUCUCUCCGCUCGCCACUUUCCUUAAACUGACCUCCCUGGGUUUCAUCAUCGGUGUUGGCGUGGUCGGAAACCUCCUGAUCUCCAUCCUGCUGGUCAAAGACAAGAGCCUUCAUCGAGCGCCCUACUACUUCCUGCUGGACCUCUGCGCUUCGGACAUCCUCCGCUCAGCCAUCUGCUUCCCCUUCGUCUUUACCUCCGUCAAGAAUGGCUCAGCCUGGACGUACGGCACGCUGACCUGCAAAGUGAUCGCCUUCUUGGGCGUGCUCUCCUGUUUCCACACUGCUUUCAUGCUGUUCUGCGUUAGCGUGACGCGGUACCUGGCCAUCGCCCACCACCGCUUUUACACCAAGCGGCUGACCUUCUGGACAUGCCUGGCCGUCAUAUGCAUGGUGUGGACGCUGUCGGUAGCCAUGGCAUUCCCUCCGGUGCUGGACGUGGGGACGUACUCCUUCAUCCGCGAGGAGGACCAGUGCACCUUCCAGCACCGCUCCUUCCGUGCUAAUGACUCAUUGGGCUUCAUGCUGCUCCUUGCACUCAUCCUCCUGGCCACCCAGCUUGUCUACCUCAAGCUCAUCUUUUUCGUCCACGACCGCCGAAAGAUGAAGCCGGUGCAGUUCGUGCCCGCCGUCAGCCAGAACUGGACCUUCCACGGCCCGGGGGCGAGCGGUCAGGCUGCAGCGAACUGGCUGGCGGGCUUCGGCCGGGGCCCCACGCCUCCGACCCUGCUGGGAAUCCGGCAGAACACUAAUGCGGCGGGCCGCAGGCGUCUGCUGGUGCUGGACGAGUUUAAGACAGAAAAGAGGAUAAGCAGGAUGUUCUACAUCAUUACCUUCUUCUUCCUGAGCCUGUGGGGACCCUACCUGGUAGCCUGCUACUGGAGGGUGUUCGCACGAGGCCCAGUGAUCCCAGGAGGUUACCUGACGGCAGCUGUGUGGAUGAGCUUUGCCCAGGCGGGAGUCAACCCCUUCAUCUGCAUCUUCUCCAACCGGGAGCUCCGGAGAUGCUUCAGCACCACGCUCCUCUACUGCAGAAAAUCCAGGUUACCGAGGGAACCCUACUGUGUUAUAUGAAGGUUCAGUGGCGUUUCUUGUUUCUCCGAUGUGGUUUAUGUUUGGAUGCCCUGGAUGAUCAGGGAUGUGUUCAGUUGUACAGCUCUCUCCUCCUCAUCCUUCUCCCAUUCCUCUCGCUCCCCUUUUGAGGCCUGUAGUUGAACCGUCUGAAUGGAAUAUGAUGACGAACAGACAAAGGACACGUCCCGCGUUUAUGUUCUAGUAAACAGCUGAUGCGAAAGGCCAUUUGAAACCCAACACGCAAAAAAAAAAAAAAAGAAGAAGAAGAAAAAACUGAAAAAAGAAACAUGGAAAAAAUGGAAAGAAUAGAAUAAACGGAUACGUCGAGAAGGGACUGGCCUUUGCUUUGGAUAUCUGGAAGACUCUGGAAAGGGUGUAAAGAAAUCAAACUGUUACCUUAAGGAAUCACUGGAAUUUGUGUCUAAAAAGUUGCACUAACGAGAAGACCCGAAGAUGCUUUUUUUGCGCCGUCACAUUGCAAGGAUGUCUUGUUUUUCCCAAACUGAAAUACGAAUGCUUUAAUCUGCAACAGACUUCUCUUUCACUGUAAGUAAACAAAACAUGUGGGGUGACUAACUGUUGGAAUACACCUUCACAAGAGGAUAAAUUGGUUUAAAUGUCUCCCACCACCAUGAGCAAGACCAAAGAGCUGUCAAAGGAUGUCAGAGACAAGAUAGUAGCUCUACACAAGGCUCGAAUGGGCUACAAGACCAUCAGCAAGAAGCUUGGUGAGGAGACAACUGUUGGUGUGAUUAUUCGGAAAUGGAAGAAAUAUAAAACAACAAUCAAGUCGCCCUCGGUCUGGAGCUCUGUGCAAGAUCUUGUCUCAUGGGAUAAGGAUGAUCAGAAGGUGAGGGAUCAGCCCCAAACUACACGGGAGGAGCUUGUUAAUGAUCUUAAGGCAGUUGGGACCACAGUCACCAAGCAAACCAUUGGUAACACACUGCACCACAAUGGACUGAUAUCCUGCUCGAGAAGACACAUGUACAGGCCUGUUUAAAGUUUGCCAAAGAACAUCUAAAUGAUUCAGAGAAGUCUUGGGAGAAAGAGUUAGUGGUUAGAGUGGUUAGAUAAGGCCAAAAUUGAGCUCUUUGGCAUUAACCCGACUCGCCAUGUUUGAAAGGAAAGAAAUGCUGACUAUGAGCCCAAGUACACCAUCUCUACAGUCAAGCACAGAGGUGGAAACAUUAUGCCUUGGGGCCGGUUUAAAGUGUACAGGACGACUUCACUGCAUUGAGGGGCAAAUGGACGGGGCCAUGUACUGUAAAAUAUUGGACGAGAAUGUCCUUCCCUCAGAACACUGAAGAUGGGUCAUGGAUAAGUCUUCAAGGAUUGCAAUGACCCGAAACAUAUCCCGAAGGCAACAAAGGAGUGGCUCAAAAAGAAGCACAUUAAGGUCAUGGAGCGGCCUAGCCAGUCUCCAAACCUCAAUCUUAUAGAAAAUCUGUGGAGGGAGCUGAAACUUAAAGUUGCCAAAUGACAGCCAAAAAACCUUAAGGAAAGAGGAGUGGAUCAAAUUCCAUCCUGAGAUGUGUGCAAACCUGUUGAGCAACUACAAAAACACGGGUUUCUAAACAAAGUGUUAAGUCAUGUUUUGCUUGGGUAUCAAAUAGUGAAAUGCAAAUCGGUUUCUAACCUAUAUAAUGUGUGUUUUUUAUUUUUUGGGAUUUUUUUGUUGAUAUUCUGUUCCUAUAUGUUAAA